AUGUCAUGGUCCAGGCCUCUGUAUGACAAGAUCCUAUUCUCCAGCUGGUCCCCGGCUCCUUCACACAUGGAGGAGAAACCACACCAGGAGGAGAAAGGAGACCAGGAGGAGAAACAAAACCAGGAGGAGAAACCACACCAGGAGGAGAAAGGAGACCAGGAGGAGAAACGAGACCAGGAGGAGAAAUGGGACCAGGAGGAGAAAAGAGACAAGGAGGAGAAACGAGACCAGGAGGAGAAAUGA